AUGACAUGCAAUCGAUCUAUAGGAAAACUACGCUGGCAAUACUUUGCCUCAUCAAUAACUGAUGGAUCCGAAGUGCCUGCAGACUUUCCAUUAUUCCAAGCCCAGCAUCAUCUGUCACGCCCAUCCGGCCUCUCCAAGGGCCCGCUGGGCUCGGGCAAGACGCACACUGCUCGCAUCCUCGGCCGCAUCUUCUACGACAUGGGCUUCCUCUCGACCGACGAGGUGAUUGAGUGCUCCGCCACGCACCUCAUUGGCAUGUUCGAGGGCCAUACUGGGCCCAGGGUGGUUGAGCUGUUUGAGCGGUCGCUCGGCAAGGUCCUGUUCAUUGACGAGGCAUAUCGCCUCGGGCUCAGCGGCGAGCACUCUUUUGCGUGUGACGCGGUUGGCGAGAUUGUCGACUGCAUGAUGAAGCCGCGCUAUCAUGGCAAGUUGGUUAUUGUCCUGGCCGGAUACACGCACGACGUAGAUCUUCUCUUGAGGACCAAUGCCGGACUGCGAGGUCGAUUUGCCACGGAGAUUAGCUGCUCGCCCAUGAGUCCCGAGUCCGAACUGCGGCAUCUUUGCGGGUUGUUGGCGAAGAAGGACAUUGAGCUUUUGGGGGCCAAGGCCGGCUUGGAUGGGGAUUCAAGGGGGGCUCUGAUGGAGCUGCUUGCCAAGUUGGCUGAGACAAAGGGCUGGGCGAGCGGACGAGAUGUGCAGGACGCUUGCUGGAGUGGUGACGGAGCACGUGUAUGGAAAUCUGGAUGGAUCUGGCAGAGGGUUGGGUGUUAUAACUGA